AUGGCUUCGAUUCAUCACGCGGCGAGUUCAGGAUCUGACGGAACGAUCGACGAGAGGAAAAGGAAGAGGAUGAUUUCGAAUCGCGAAUCCGCGAGACGAUCGCGGAUGAGGAAGCAGAAGCAGUUGGAGGAUCUAAGCGAUGAAGCGAACAAGUUACAAACCGAGAACAAGAAACUUGCGGAGGAUAUAAAAACUAAAGAAGAAGCGUGCAUUGAAACCGAAGCCGCUAACGGCGUCCUCAGAGCUCGGACUACGGAGUUAACAGAACGGUUGCGAUUUCUUAACUCGAUUCUUGAAAUCGCUGAAGAAGUUAGUGGAUUAUCGGUUGAGAUCCCGGAGAUUCCGGAUCCGCUGCUUAAGCCGUGGCAAAUUCCUCAUCCGAUUCAACGGAUUAUGGCGUCUGCAGAUGUGUUCUUGCAUUGA